AUGCUGUGCACCGUGAAUGUUCCCGCGCUCCGCGCCUCGCGCGCGGCGCCGCUCGCGAAGCGCGAACGCCGAGCGAAGCGAACCGCGAUCGCGAGUAAGGUCGCGACGAAGGUUGCGACGAUCGAGUCCGACGAGAUCGUCACGCGUGGACAGACGGCUGCGAUGAGCCUCGCGGCGACGAUGUUGUUCGCGGAUCAAGCACACGCCGCGCAGGAAGUCGGUGACCUCGCCGGUAUUGACGGUCGCAUCGCCAUCUUCUUUGUGUUCGCUCCGGUCCUCGGCUGGGUGGCUUACAACAUCCUCGGCCCGGGUCUCCGUCAGUUUGAGGACAUGCAAAAGAAGAACGCGAAGUCCAAGGGUGUGCUCGCCGGCGCGGGUUUGUCUGCCGCCGCGCUCCUUGGUAUGCCGGAGGCUUCCGACGCUGCGGAAAAGCUUGGUGACCUCGCCGGUAUUGACGGCCGCAUCGCCAUCUUCUUUGUGUUCGCUCCGGUCCUCGGCUGGGUGGCUUACAACAUCCUCGGCCCGGGUCUCCGUCAGUUUGAGGACAUGCAAAAGAAGAACGCGAAGUCCAAGGGUGUGCUCGCCGGCGCGGGUUUGUCUGCCGCCGCGCUCCUUGGUAUGCCGGAGGCUUCCGACGCUGCGGAAAAGCUUGGUGACCUCGCCGGUAUUGACGGCCGCAUCGCCAUCUUCUUUGUGUUCGCUCCGGUCCUCGGCUGGGUGGCUUACAACAUCCUCGGCCCGGGUCUCCGUCAGUUCGAGGACAUGCAAAAGAAGAACGCGGGCAAGAAGUAG